AUGAGCGGGAGACGUACGAGGGGAGCAGCAAGGGUGCAAUAUGCGGAAGAAAGUUUGCCCGAGGUUUUGCCCGAUUUGAGCGAGGAUUUUGUGCACGAGAACGUGGAGUCCUGGGAGCAGUACGUUUCCCCCGAGGUGCUGCAGCAGGUGAGGAAACUGCGUGUCGGUGUGGAGGGUCAAUUGCCCGGGGAAAGUGCUGCUGUUGCUUUGAUCAGCUCGAAGGGUUACCAGUUUUUUGUCGCGUGGCUGAACAAUGUGUGUGAGUCUUACAUCACUGGUGUGCUACACGGUGUGAAACUGCUGUGGCGCGGGUUCAAGUUCGACGAGUCCCUGUUGUGGCAAGACUUGUUUGGUGUAGGUGAGGGGGCUGCUACUGGCUACUAUGAACAACUCAGGGCGAAGAUACUCGCGCAAUUGGCUCACGGGAAACAGCACUUCGAUUUUGCUCAAUGGGAUGAACUCGUGCCAGAACAGUUGGAACACUACUUCCCCGGAUCAGGGUACAGAGGUCCCUUCAUGGAACUGCCCCUCAACGAUCAAUUCGAAGUGUUAUACCGUAUCACGCGGAUCAUCGAGAUGAGAAGCAUGGUGUUCAAGAACUACCUCACGGCGCAUCUCGAUAUGUUCCAGCAGAUCGAGUACGUCAAGGACGACGCCACUACGGUCAUCGUGCUUCCAACACACGGCGGUGUUCUGGAGAAGACGGUGCAGAUCCCUGACCCGCCCGCAUACCUUGUCCCGCUGAAACUGAGGGACUGCACGCUCAGAAGCGAAACCCCCAAUGGGGUCGAACUGCGCAAUUUAGACACGGCCUCGAAGGUUGAUGUAUUCAUGCAAGGUGUAUCCGUGCAGUACACGGUCAAGGCGUACGACUGGAGAUCCUUCCUCCAGUAUGUCGAGCAAUCCGAGAUCGGAGAACUGCACGAGUACAUAGAGUCCAAGCUUGCGCACCGGCUCUAUGCAGUGCGGUUACAUGCACAGCUCGCAAGAGAUAAGUCCAUGGAGGAGCUUGUCAACCGGAGGAAACGGUCUUCGAGACUCGUCGCUAGGGAAGAAGUGAGCCAGAAGAAGGAGAAAACGGACGCGCUUUACGAGAAGGUCGACCACAGACACGCGUUCCUCAAGAAUAGACACAGGAUCAUGGUCAAGUGCAACAAGAAACUCAGGGACGUCAUGUGGUCGCUCGUGUGGACCAAAUUCGACACGGACUUCAAGUUGCAGAGACCCAACAACAGACACCUACCCAAAUACAUAGAACAGGGACAAACCAUCACGCCAUUGGACACUAUGAUCUUGCAACGGGGGCAACAUUUUACGGAACGGAUCGUCCCCAACGGGUUUGCAACGGAGAGACCCGAACUGGUUCCAGAACCGCAGGAGAUUCCAUCGGGCCUAUGCAUCUCGCAGGCGGACAUCGCGCAGGCUAAAAUACUGGGAAUCGAGAUCCCUGAGGCAGAGGAGAACACUCCGGACUCGCAGCAGUGGAUCUUCCGCUGCAUGUGCACGGAGCAAGACAUUUCCCCGACUUCAGAGACCGACUUCGCGGCGGACCGGGUGCUCAGGAAACCGAUGGUCUGCUGUGAGGUCUGCCACACCUGGCAGCACUGGGCCUGCCAACCACCACAGCUGAUAGAACUGCUGUCGCAGAUGCAAGCGCAGGUGAACACCAAGAAGGAAUACAAGCAUCUAACGAUCAAGAAUUUCGCAGUUGUUUCUUUGGGACCGGACGGCGACAGUGCCCCUGGAGGAGCGUCCCUCGAACGAACUGCACCCCCGCCACUCGGGAGCAGACGGUCCACGCGUAUUCGCUCUGCCGAAGCAGUGAAGGAGGAGGAACCAGUGCCCGAGAGGAACGAGGAUCACGAAGACAAGUCAGUGGACCACGCGCAACAUAAAAGGCCGACGGACCGGAGAGAACAACUCACAACAUUGUCAUCCUCCACCAUCGUGCCCUUCAUCUGUUCGUCUUGUGUGAACAAGCUGGAAACGGAACUGCGUUGGAAGUUCGUGCCGGAACUCGAAGCACUAAGGCUCAAGCAGAGGAAAGGUUACGACGACAGAGAGCGGCGCAAGAAAAAGAAGCUCGCCGAGACUGCAACUGCAGCUAUUCUGAAUAUUGACACGGAACCGCCACAAAACAGCAGUGGCAGCAGCUAUGGUUCAUCGUUCUCCGCAUCGCCCGCUCAGCCCGCACAGCCGUUCAGCGCGCCCGGAACCAUUCAGCUGCAGACCACCCCCGCAGACGAACCGGUCCAGGGCACGUAG